AUGGGCGUCAGAGUGGCUACUCACGACCGUCUUCGACAUCUACACGGUGGUUAUCUGCCUCCUGGGGAUGAUCUUCGCCACAGAGCCCUGUCCUGGUUCGCUGCUUUGGGCCGUGCCCUACGUCACGCUCGGCGGGCCGAUUGGUUGCGUGUACCUGGCGCAGCGCCUCUUCAGGGGCCGGUCGGUGGCCUUACAGUACGGCCAGACCGAUUCCGAAGCCCCCAGGCUGUAGCCGAGGCCUGGGAUCGGGACUUGACUUGGGCCAGAAGCGAAAGCCUCAACAUUUCAAUCCCUGAAUCCCAAAAAUCUGAGGCCCCACGCCCGUACAGUCUGUAUCCUAAGGCCUAUGCCCUAAACCCCCAGUACAGGGAGCUCGGAGCGUGCCUGUCACUCAAAGUGUAG